UAAUGAUUGAAGAAGAAUAUAGACCUGAAGAUAAAGCAUCAAUAAAAAAGAAAUACAAAGUAUUUUAAACUCUUGCUUCAAUGAUUCGAUAAAGAGGCUAUUUUGAAGCUCACCCUGUUAUUCUUGUUGAAGAUGAACCCUUUGAAUUAUUUGAAGCUAGAUAUCGCACAGAUACCUUACCAUAAAAAAUAGUUUGUUUUAAGGUAAAGAAUUUUAUGUAAUUAUUUAAUAGAGAGAUGAUGAGACAGAAAAAUUGGUUAUUAUAUUUUACACUAAAUAAUAAGCUCUGAGUCAUGAGGAUGCAAACAAAUAUAUUAUUGAAUUUACUAAUAGAUAAGUUAAGAGACUUGUAAUGAUAUUUCCAACAGAUCCAUUUGCUACUAAACCAUAAAUUGUAGAGAAAAAGGCAAGACUUUUUAUUGAUCAAGUCAAUUCCAUCUAAACUUAUUCAUUUGAAUUAUUUGGAGAAGAUGAUUUAGUUUAUGAUGUAACAAAACAUGAAUUAGUACCUCAACAUAUUAUCUUAAAUGAUAAAGAAAAAGAAGUAAUAUUCAUAUAUUAAUAAAUUUAGUAAUUAUAAAAGAAGUAUGGAUUAGUUGAUAAUUAAUUACCAAGAAUAUUAUAGAGUGAUCCAAUAGCAAGGUUUUUGGGACUUCAUCAUGGAGAUGUAGUAAAGAUAAUAAGAAAAAGUGAAACAGCUGGGUUAUAUGUUACUUACAGAAUAGCAAUAUGAA